AACUUUGAUAGCAAAUUGAGGCUUUGAGCUUGAAGAAAACUAUGUCAAAUAUCACAGUCUGUGCUCGAUUCAGGCCGUUAAGCUCGAAAGAGCGAAGAGAUCACGGCGACAGUGUUUGUAUCAGAUGCAUAGACACCGAGACUUUCAUUUUGAAGGAUGAGAAGGAAGAAGAUAUUAUAUUUAGCUUUGAUAGGGUGUUCUGUGAGAAAUCGGACCAAGCUGAGGUUUAUGAGUUUCUAGUUCUGCCUAUUGUUCGAGAUGCUGUUAAUGGAAUCAACGGGACGAUUAUUACUUAUGGACAGACUGGAGCUGGAAAGACGUAUAGCAUAGAGGGGCCUGGCAUUCUAGAAUGUGGCGAGCAGAAGAAAGGAAUACUUCCAAGAGUAGUAGAUGGAAUUUUUGAGCAUAUCAAACCUGAUAAAAUGGCAAAGUACUUGAUCAAGUUGUCAAUGGUUGAAAUCUACAUGGAAAAAAUAAGGGACCUUUUUGAUUUAUCCAAGGAUAAUAUACAGAUAAAGGAGAGCAAAAUAGAAGGGAUAUUGUUGUCUGGAGCAACAGAGAUGUCUAUAAUAGAUCCUGCAGAAGCAUUACAAAGCCUUUCAACUGGGAUAGCUAACAGAGCAGUUGGAGAGACCCAAAUGAACACGGCCAGUAGUAGAAGUCAUUGCAUUUACAUUUUCACAGUCAAACAAGAAUUGACUGGAGAUAAGAGGAUGAAAACUGGAAAACUAGUCCUUGUGGACUUGGCAGGGUCAGAGAAGGUGGAGAAAACUGGAGCUGAAGGGAGGGCUCUUGAAGAAGCAAAAAUGAUCAACAAGUCCCUCUCAGCUCUUGGCAAUGUUAUAAAUGCUUUGACAUGUGGCUCAGGCAGAGCAAACCACAUCCCUUAUCGUGAUUCCAAGCUUACUCGGAUUCUACAAGAUGCACUUGGUGGGAACUCUAGAACUGCUUUAUUGUGUUGUUGCUCCCCGAGUGUUUCUAAUGCAUCAGAAAGCCUGUCAACCCUACGUUUUGGUGCAAGGGCAAAGCAUAUUAAAGCAUCACCACGGGUUAACUGUAAUGAGGAUAAAUACUCCAAGAAGAAUGAAGCUCUCUGUCCUGAUAAAGAUGAAUCAUGCAAGAGAAUUCUAAAUAAGUUGAAGGAGAGUUUGGAUAUUGAAGAUGUAAAAUUACUUGAAGAGUUGUUCAUACUUGAGGGAAUUUUAUUUGAUCCAUAUUCAGUUGAAGAGUUGGAACCAAGUUAUGAAGAUGUUACUUUACGGACCAUUUCCUCAUUACAAGCAGCUGUGGAAGAGCUUGUAUUUACUGUUGAGGAGCUUAAGAUGGAAAACUAUGCUCUCAAAGCCAGAAUAGUAGCUGCUGAAAGGCUUGAUGUGCUCCACAAAGAGAGUUGCAAAAGUUCAAACGUUCUGCAUAAGAUUUUAAGUGCUUUCAGUUUCUUCAAAUGGAUGGGGUCAGUCCCUUCUGUCAGGUGGCUGAAAUGAAGACUUAAUUGGCAUUUCAUGGUGCUGUCUCACACACAAAGUAUAAACAUUUACAGAAAGUGCAUAGCAGAAUUCAUAAAUUUUACUGCCAUUGGCAUGA